CUUCCUUCAAAAUCAAAGAUGACAAAGCGGUAGAAUGCCAGCAGCAAUGCAGAAAGCUAUCCAUGAUAUCUCGUAUUCUCCCGCAAAUCGGGGACGGGAUCCGGGGCUGGUUUCUCGAUCUGCUCGGCGCCCGGGCCCCGAUUGGCUCACGGGACGUUAAGUAUAGGUAGCCCUUUUUGUAAAACUUGAUUCCCAUGGUCGAUGUCCCGACGGAUUAAUAUUAUUCUUCAUUGAAUGCAACUCAUACAUUAGAAUCUGGUAAUAGAGUUCCACCUAUACUUUGUCGGCUUGAACAGAUUUUCGGACUACUCUCUCAACGACCAAAGUAUGAAGCCUAACCAGGAUCUAUUUGGCAAAACAGCCUUUGUAACUGGUGGCUCUGGCGGGUUAGGGAAAGCUAUAUCUAAUGCCCUUGCUUCCCGAGGUGCACAUGUAACUAUAUUUUCGCGACGACUCGGCCCUCUAGAAGAUGCAAAGAAUGAGAUAGUCACAAAUUGUGCUGAUGCUAGUCGGCAAGAGAUCAAUGCGGUGCCUCUUGAUCUGGCAGAUGCAGGGGCAGUAUCCGAAGCCUUCAAAUCUCAACCUCGAAUCGCCGAUAUCUUAUACUGCUCAGCGGGUGGAAACCAUGCCGAAAACGGAUUCUUCGUCGACCUCAGUGCCUCACAGCUAGAUGCUUGCAUGAAGAAUAACUACUAUUCUACAGCUUACGCCGCAAAAGCCAUGCUGGAAAUCUGGGUUGAAAAUGACAAGAAGUCCUCCAGUAUAGAUACCCAGAAACAGCCCAAAGGACAUACUACGCGGAAGAUGGUUUUCAUCAACAGUGCAGCAGCGUUCCUGGGCCUACCAGGUAGCGUCGCGUAUACUCCCGCCAAAAGCGCUGUCCGAGCUCUCGCAGAUACCCUUCGCUUCGAAGUCCUCCGCCACAACUCCGCAACGACAACCUACACGAUCCACAUCGCCUUCCCAGCAGACUUUGUGUCUCCUGGAUUCAGACUAGAACAAAACACCAAGCCGGAUCUUACAAAACGUAUCCAAGGAACGAACCUUGCAUCAUUGGCAGAGCUGGAGAAGAAAUUCCCAUCGUCAGAGAAGGUCGCGCUUGGGGUUAUCGCGAGGGUCGAUAAGGGGGACUUUAUUAUAUGUGAGGACUCGCUCGCUGCUAGUUGUCUGUUCACAAAUAUGAUUGGGUUGAGUCCAAAGAGGGGGCUUGGGAUCAUGGAUUCGCUGAUGGGUGUUGUUGUUGGGUGGUUGGUUAUGCCUUUUUUGAGACGGAAAUGGGAGCGGAUGUGCAGGGAGGAUGGGGAGAGGAUGUGAGAUAUAGACCUGGGAGAGCGUCAUUUGUUAGCAUAUCUAUUAUCAUAUACUAUUUUCUAGGUCCAAUAUGUGUGUAUGUGAGAGCUUUAUCAACAUAUAUCUUUAUGUAAUGCCGCA